AUGCCUACUGCCUUGCUAACCUCCCCAACGCCUACCGCCUUGCUCUGGGACCUCAGUCUAGGUAACGUCAAAGCUACCUCCUACGUCGAACUACUUGCCGCUUCUCCAUUACCACCCCCAACGCUCGAGGACGUCCACCUCCAACCCCCAGUUCCCGGGACCUCCCCUUCCGGCGAGUACAACUCCUCCUACGCAACGCUACUAGGUUUUGUACCUCCACCUCCUCUAUUUUACGCCUUAGGGACCUCCCUGGACCUUACAGGAACCCCUUCAAGGGUCACAUCUCUCAAUCCCAGCCACUACUAG